AUGACAACAGAACAGAUUCCAGCGAAUGACAUAGCCCAACAGAAAGAAUCGUCAAUUUGGCUGACGGAACUUUCAUUGACUAACGAAGGGUACGUUCUCAUAUUGCGCGUGUGGAAAAUCAUUCACAGUGGACCAUGCCGUAUCCUGUUUGAAAGGUGGAUUUGUUCACCGACGACAUGACGAGAUCCGUGACCUUUUGGCGACGGUGAUUGAUGAAGUGGCUUAUGACGUAUCUACAGAACCAGCCCUAACUCCUCUGACUGGUGAAGUACUACCGCCAAGCGCAAAUUCAGGGGAUGAUGCCAGAGUUGAUAUAGCUGCAAGAGGUUUCUGGCAGAGAUGUGAAAAGGCAUUUUUUUAUGUCAGGCGGUUUUUGACCCUUAUGCCCCAACACAUCGAUGCCAGAGAUCAACGGAAACGAAAGAGAGAAGAAGAGACAGUACAAACAGCGGAUUGUCGAGGUCGAGCAUGA